UGCGGUUAUCGUCGGUGUGUCGGUGUGGAAAAUCAUCGAGGACUAUUUUGGGAAAAUCUAUAUAGAAGAAAAUUAGUGAUAAUUUUGUGUUCAGUGUGGUGCAAGGAAAAAACUAAAUAACCAAAUAUGGAGGCACCAGAAUUUAAGGAUUUUGCUAAGGAGAUGAUUGAUUAUGUUGCUGGAUAUCUUGAAAAUAUCAGAGAUAGGCGUGUUCUGCCGACUGUCGAACCAGGGUACAUGAGGCCUCUCCUGCCAGAAAGUGCUCCUGAAGAACCAGAAAAAUGGCAGGAUGUCAUGGCCGAUAUUGAACGAGUUAUUAUGCCAGGAGUAACACAUUGGCAUUCUCCUAGAUUUCAUGCUUAUUUUCCAACAGCUAAUUCUUAUCCUGCCAUUGUUGCAGAUAUUUUAAGUGGUGCCAUUGCUUGCAUUGGAUUCACAUGGAUCGCGAGUCCAGCUUGCACAGAGCUUGAAGUUUUAAUGAUGGAUUGGCUGGGAAAAAUGCUGGAUUUGCCACCUGAUUUCCUUGCUUGUUCAGGUGGAAAGGGCGGUGGUGUCAUUCAAGGUACCGCCAGCGAAGCCACUUUGGUUGCUUUACUUGGAGCAAAGGCCAAAAUGAUGAGAAAAAUUAAAGAGGAACAUCCUGAGUGGGAUGAGGCAACUAUUAUUUCCAAACUUGUCGGAUACUGUUCAAAACAAGCGCAUUCCUCUGUAGAACGAGCAGGGCUCCUAGGCGGCGUUAAAUUGCGCCUCCUAGAAUCCGACGAAAAAUUCAAAUUGCGUGGAAAAACUGUUGAAGAGGCGAUCAAGGAAGAUCGCAAAAAUGGUUUAAUUCCAUUUUAUGUCGUAGCCACAUUGGGUACAACAAAUUCAUGCGCCUUCGACCGUCUGGAUGAAAUAGGGCCAGUUUGCAACGAUUUAGGUGUAUGGUUACACGUAGAUGCUGCUUACGCAGGUUCUUCAUUCAUUUGUCCAGAGUUCAGAUAUCUGAUGAAGGGUAUAGAUUGUGCAGAUUCCUUCAAUUUCAACCCACAUAAAUGGAUGUUGGUAAAUUUCGAUUGUUCGGCUAUGUGGUUGAAAGAUCCGAAUUGGGUGGUCAACGCUUUUAACGUCGAUCCUUUAUAUCUGAAGCACGACCAACAAGGUUCAGCACCGGAUUAUAGGCAUUGGCAAAUACCUCUUGGAAGAAGAUUCAGGGCUUUAAAAUUGUGGUUUGUUUUGCGGUUAUAUGGAGUUCUAAAUUUGCAAAAUUUUAUCAGAAAACACAUAGCUCUCGCGAAAGGUUUUGAACAACUCUGUUUAGCUGACGAUCGUUUUGAAAUUGUCGCAGAGGUUUUGAUGGGCUUGGUAUGCUUUCGAUUAAAAGGAUCGAAUGAAAUAAACGAAAAGCUUCUGAAACGUAUCAAUGGUAGAGGUCGUAUUCAUUUGGUACCGUCUAAAAUUGAUGAUAUUUAUUUCUUAAGAAUGGCUGUCUGUUCGAGAUAUAGCGAAAUGAGCGAUAUGGAAGACAGCUGGAAAGAGAUCAGUGCCACUGCAGAUGAGAUUUUGGCCCAAGAAAACAAGUAA